UCAUGCGGAUUGUUCAAAAAGCUUAUGAAUUAUAGAGAAUAAUAUUAACCUAUGAUACUUCACUAAUUACGAAGGAGAAACGAAGGGCAAAUAUAAAGUGAUGAGAUUCCGAACACAUAUACUAAAAAAUAUGCUAGAUCGCAUGAAUAUACCAUAUGGUGACAACCAUGGUAUUUAAUUUCAUAUUUUAAAUAAAUUAUAAAAAAGUAAUUUACUGUAAUAUGAAACAAUUAAGUCCAUGAAUAAUUUCGAAAUAGUUAGCAAAUGUUGAGGCUUGUUCAAUGUUAAUUUUGUUGCUACAAUUUAUUUAUUCGUGGUUCAUGUUUGUCUGAUUUGCCGUUGUUAUAUGCAUCACGGGUACAUUCAAUAUUUAUCACUCGAGGUUUUGAUAUAACGGAAGUCUUGUUAUAUAUUAGUGUUAUGGUCUUACCUACAAGUUGUAAUCACUAAGUACAAGCUAGACCUAGACUCGAUGAUUGUAUGUGCUCAAUGAUUGUCUCUAGUUGGUUUCAUUUUUUGAUAGAUUAUAGUGAAUUUUAUUUACUUCUUAAAUUACGAAUCAAAUUCCACAUAAAGUGACACACAUAAUUAUGCGUUUACCGGCAGAGUUAGAUAAAUUUGCCUCCAUACAGAGUGCAUAUUAGAUGUUUGUAUCUAAUCUUUGUCCUUUCCAAAUUUAUAUGCAAAAUAUAUAUAUCUAUCUAUAAUAUUAUGGCAAUUCAAAAUUUAUUUUUUGCCACAUAAGCACUUGGAGAGAUCUCAAGUUGCCAAGGUGGACAAUUUUUUUACCAAAAAAAUAGUUAUUGACCUAUUUAUGGAGUUGUCCCUCUCUCUUCAUUUAAUAUUAAUUCUCUUUUAUCCAAUAAUUAUUUUGCUUUUGUUUUUGCAUUAUAUCUAUAAAUAAUAUAUGGACAGAAGGUUAUCAAACCGGUUUAGCAAGUGGAAUGGUUCUACCAGUGGUACAACCGAUUUGUGUCGGUUUAUGUCGGUUAAUUAAAUAUGUAGAAAUAUCAAAUGAAUAUAAUCAUAUAUAAACCAUAUUUGAAGACAAUUUACGUACAAUUCAUAUUGAUAUUUGAAUAAAAUAUGAUAUUUCAAAUAAAAUUACAUGUACUUAUACUUAAAUUCACUAAAACUACGUAUUUUACUUAGAAAUUUGUAAAACGAUCAUACCGGUCAUACCAAUGGUGUCAUGUCGAUUUCAUGACCGGUGUUGGUUGAAUGGUUCAACCGGUGGCAAGCCGACCGACGUGACAAUCAUGAUGGAGAGUGACAUAUAUAAGAUUUUUUUUUUGCAUUAUAUCGAUAUACGCAACAGUGUACUAAUGUUCGUAGAGUGACAUAUAUAUUACACUUUUCAAACAAAAAAAUAUAUGAUUAAAAAUUACUAUGUAAAUUUCUGCUCAUUUUUUACUAAAACUUAAUAAUAAUUUACAUUUUAAUGAAUAAUUUAAACAAACAUACAAAAAUAAUAAUAUUUUGUCGAUAAGGUCUGAAAGAAACUUGACAAAGAAAUAAUAGUUAUUUAUUAAAAAAACUUCUUAUUCAUUCUCAUCAAGUGAAAACAUAUAAAUCGUAUGUGCAGUAUUUAACUAUUUAUAAUGUAUCCUAAGUUCGCAUUACUAAUAUUUUCUCUAGGUCAUGUUGAUUGAGCAAACUACGUUAAACAUCACAUUUCAAGCUAAGAAUAAUCUAAAUUCGACGAUUAAGGUAAUAAAUAAACAUUAAUGUUUUACUUCACAUAUAUAACAAAAAAACAUUUAUAGUUACAAUAGUGUAAACCGAGCUAUUGGGUCAAAAGAAGAAUAUUGUAAAUAUGCGUUUAGUAUGAAAAUUGUAACAAGUCUAUAUAGUUGUGAGCAGGUGAUUCAUACCAAAUUUUGGCAAUAACAAAAAAAAUUGACAUCAUAUUCCACCCAAGGAGCUGAGUUCAAAGGUAUUAAUUAGUGUUGAAAGUAAAAUAAACUCUCUGUAUAUAUAUGUUUAGAUAUUAAUAAUAGAUGUGUCUACAAUACAUCCAAUCAUUCAAAUACAUGUGAAAAGCCACAAUGUUUGUAUGAACUUUUAAAUUUUGCUACAAAAUAUUAUGUUAAAAAAUUAAAAGUUAAUUAUUCAAAGAAUACAUAAUUUUGAAUGCACCUGAAAUAUAUGUCUGUCGUAUACACACUUUACCAAUUAUUAAUAUAAGUAAUGAAAAUUUUGUUUUAGAACAAACACCAAAUGUAAAGAAAUUUAGCGAAUGCACAUUCAAAUAGUUGAAAAAUUAUACAUUGAAGGAACAUCUUAAUAUGAGAACCUUCGAUAGUGUAUAUGGAUGCCUUGGAUUCAGACUCUAAACGAACAUUUAGACAAAAGGCAUGAGUUGAGGGUUAGUCCAAACUUAAAAUAUUAGCAAUUGAUAUAUAUUGUAAGAUAUAAUAAUUUGUAUCUUGAUAGAAAAAUUGUCAUAAGAUGCUAUACAAAGACUUCAUGAACAUCAACAAUAAAAAUGAGUGAGGUUUAGAGAAUUUAAUCAUUAUAAGGGAUACGAUGUGUGUCAAAUUUCAAUUGGGAUAAACAUAAUUUAUCCAGUAAUCAAGUAUCUUUUUCCAAUAAUUUGAACUCUGAUUAAUUGGCUGGGAGUUCGUACAAACUCGAGAAUCAUGAAUUGAUAUAUGUUGUAUAAGAUAAUAAAUUUGAGCGUCUUGGUGAAAAAUUUGAUAUAUACGAUCCUAAAUGGGACGUGAUAAACCUUUACGACAUGAUUAAUGAUCAGAGAAUAAAAACAUCACAAGCGAGUGUGCUAACUAUUAAAUAUUAAGAAUUUUCGAUAUAGGCACACCACAUAUUCACUUAUGAAGCGAGAGCAGAAAAUGUAUACAAGAUUCAAAAAGUUCAAACAUAUAGAUAAGUUAACUAAUAUAAAUAAUAAAAUGAACUUCACCGGCCAACUGGCCGGGUAAAAAACUAGUUUGAAAUAAAAGCGAGCAGGAAUUGCCAUCUGAGCAAGCACCAUUGUCAGCUGCAGUAAUAAACAAAUUAUGGCAAGUGAAAAAAUAAAGAAGGGGAGGUAGAAAAAUUCCAAAGUCAAGAGUAGCCAAAAACGGGGGAACAAAAUAUCUUAUCGAACUCUUCAAUAAAUCAAGCAGCGGCGGAUCCAGAACACAGAAGAGCUCUGGGCCGCAUUUCAUUAGAAAAUUAAAAUCGUAAAAAAUAUAAGGGUAAAAUAAUGAAGUCUACAUCCAUACCAAUAGUAUACACUGUUUCAAAUAAAAUACUUGAGCAAUCGACGAGAAAUUCAUCGCUCAUUUUGUUGAGCAAAUCAGUUCUCACAUGUUUCAUUGUUAAAAAGGUUCUCUUCGUAGUAGCUGUUGAAACGAGCAACAUCAACACUAGAUAAAUCAAUCGACUAAUCAAUUUGCAUUGUGUGUCCAUUCCUGCACACCAGCUGCUUUAGUAAAUUUGUAAGGGAACAAACCUCAUAUUUCUUUUAGUCUUUUACGUUUUAAACUUUUUAGAAUUUUAGGUUUCAUUGUUUUUCUAAGACGCAUAAUCUUUGGGGCUAAAAUUUAUAGACUAAAUUUAGAAUAGUGAUUUGAAUAUGUUCAACUUGAUAAUUUUUCUAGUUAAACUCAAUCUUAUCAUAGAAUAACACUGAGUCGAAUGUCUAAAAUCAAAAUUUUUAUAAGGACUAUAGUAACUACCGAUUCAAAGGAGGGUUGGGCCGGGGCCUGGGGUGGCCACCCCCGGAUCCGCCAUUGAAAUCAAGCGUACCAAACAGGUGUCAAAAAAUAAGUUGUUACCAGUUUCUUUAAUGUGAAAGUUCAAAGAAAGAAACAGGAUCGGGAAAAAAGAAAGGAGAAUUUACCUUUGGGCCAGAAGAAGGAAAGGCGAAAUGGGGAAUUUCUUGAAGUUGGUCACUACAAGAUCCCACCGUCUACAAACAGGCCCAGAGAUACGUCCCAAAACUCCGAGGGUAAAAUACUUUGGGUAGCACUUAAGUUUGAGAAUUGGAGUAGACAUACCACUUAAGUUUGAAUAGGACGUCGGGUACCACUGAACUCUAUUAUUUGUGCACCCGGUACCACUUAAGUUUAAUGUUAGAUGCAUUCUGUUAAAGUUAACAGAAUAUUCUGUUUUCUAAAUUUUUUAAUUAGUCCUUCUACUUUUCUUAUUGUAAAGAAUCUAAAUUUUUUGUUACGAUGGAUAAAAAUGCAUAAUACUAAUUUUCUGUUAAAAUAAAAGUCUAGUACCAAUCUUGCCAUACAAAUUAUCCACAUAUAUAUAAAAUACCAAUCUAGCACAUACAAGCAAACCCACAAAUUAUCUAUACAAAUUGUUCAAUCAAAAUAAACAUCCAUUAACAACACGGUUAAUCGAUAGGUUGCUGUAGCAUGGGUGUGGGCGGGUGUCCAUGGGUUGGAUAUUACCUAAUCCCGACUCCAACCCAGUCGUUAAAUAGUGAACGUGUUUCAACCCGAAGGCCGCCCCACAAUCCGUCAAAACGCGGGUUUUACCUGCUUUAGCCAGGUUGGAUCAGGUAGGGUACCAAUAAAUUCAAAUUUUGUUGUCAUCCCUAUUGGUGAGUACGUAGGAUUGUUGUCAACUGGUAAGAGCAAUAUCUUCACUAUUGAAUCGAGUUGUAAGGAUACCUUUUCAAUAUUCAAAAUGUUAGACUAGUUGCAGACCCUCAAUGUUCUUCUCCCCAAAGGCGGGAAUUCACUCAUUAGUGAUCGAACAACUUAACAUACCAAUGAUGUAGACCGCCAACAAUUACCCUAUCGAUCUCUAACCGCACCCCCAACUACUUCGUGCGAGGUCGAAUGAAUGAAUAAUGAUCCACCAAACUUUCACAUGGGGCGUGUUACGUAAAUUAAAUUUAUAAACAUUAAAUGCAAAUGUAUAUAGAGUGUAAAAUAUGUCAUAUCUCAUUAGUGGGUCGUGGGGCUAGAGGGAUGGAUGUGAUGAAUCGAAAAGAGUAUUGGAUCCUCAACUUUGACACAUCAAAAGAUAGAACAAAACACGCGUGGGGAGUUUGGGAUAUGACCCAUCAGUGGUUUCUUCCCAUUUCUAGCUCUCAAGUCUCAUGGGCUUCUGUCCUCCAAAUCAAGCAGACAACCCAGCCGGGGCCUCGUCGAUUCAUAUCCAUCGUGAGCAUGUGCAUGUUUCGAGUUAGGAAGAAGAACACAUGAUUUCGAUCAAUCGAGAGAACGCAGUUUUUUUGUCUCGGAUCCAUGAGCAAGAUCAUGCAAGAGAACGGGAGAAAGGAAGAAAGAUCAGGAAGGUUGAGAAGAUUUUUGGAGUACUGUUGUUGUGGGCAAUGGGUUGUGGUGGCAUUGAUUCAUCGUGACUGGUGAUGAUGAGAUGUGACAGAGGUAAAGGAAAAACAAUAGACUUUUGUUGGUGUUUUCACAAAUGUUUUUCCAUCACGUUUGUACGUUCUGUAUAUCCUUGUACAAAUGUUUUCCCAUCACGUUUGUUCGUUCUGUAUAUCCUUGUCUCAUGUUUUCCUAUUGUCUAUGCCCAAUAUUUGUACUCUCUUAUUUGAUUUAUGAUUAUUCAUUGCCUAAGGGAAAUUAUGACGAUACCCCUCUUAGCUAGGUUGCACCAUAUUGCUUUAUGGAUAAUCGGCUUAAAUUAUGUGCUCAAUUGUACGCUUGAUUAUGGCAGAGUAGGUGUCGAUCAUUGAGUUGUGUGGGUUUUCUCUGGGUCGGUACUUACGUAAAUUCUAAGAUUAAUUCGUUAAAGGUGUGUGUAUUUGAUAUGAUAUUUUGUAAAUCCAAACAAUAGUCCCUAAGUCCCAAUAAAUAUGUACCCGAAUUUGGACCUAUCGAACUCUUUUUUAGUACAUUAAAAGAUAUAUUCAUCAACAAAGUUGACGGUUCGAACUUAAUAAGAUUAACAUGUCCUUUAAGCACAUGAUAAUGUUUUAAUUAAAAAAAAACUUGUCUAUUUUUUUCACUUGAAACAAAUUUAUUUCUAUCUCAAGCCAACUAUUUUCAAAACUGACGUUCCACCACUUAGCUAUAGGGUUUACUAAUAACUACCCAAACUAUUUUUCUAAGUGUAUACCAAAUCCUCUAAACUAAAGGCUUUUGUUGAGCAAACCAUUAAACUAUGCUCAAGAAAGUCAAACGCAUUUAAAUAGUUUUCCCAUUAGUAAACAAAUCAAGUUCACGUUCAUAAUUUUGCCAUCUUAAUUGGUUUUCCAAUUUUUCAAAGGCUGGCCUCGUUCGUGCCUAUUUGUUGAUGAACAAGUUUCCAGAAAACCCACAAGUUUGUUGGAUUGCCUUUUCCCUAGAAAGCAAUCCAUUGAAUUCGUAGACGAUUUUCCUUUUCUAUUUUAAGGGAAGCAUUUCAUACACCUCCGUACGAUACUACACAAAAUUCAACCAGAGUUUUAGUUUAAUCCCAAAUUAGGACUGGGAAGUGGUUAAUAGUGUUUGAUAAAUAUACUUAGAGUUCAACGAGUAAGAAGAGCCGGAAUGGUCAAACAACCGGUAAGAUAAUUUAACCUAUCCGAUUAAAAACCGGUUCUUGUCCUUUCCCCACUUCGUCAAUGGUCAAACAAUCUCUCCCCAACCGGCAACCGUCCCUUUCGUCGCGCUCGUGCUGCGGUGUGGGUGCAAACCGGAAUCUGCAGGCAGACGCACACGUUCCAGUUUUCCUUUUCUAAUUGUAAUUCACUAAUUUGACUAAUUUCCCUUCGUUAUAAUUAAUUCUAACAAGAAAAUAAAUACCAGCAAACAAAAGUGUUUUUGUCUGGGCAUAUUUCCUUAUACUUCAGAUACAAGUGCCGUCUACAAAGUAAUUAAAUUGACCUAAUCAAAAUUUAAUCAUUUAUGUUAUGCGUCUAAACUAUAGUUUCUCUGUUGGAGUUGACUUUAUUUGUUGUAUUUGAGUUAUUCAUAAAUUAAAAUUAGUUACAUAUAGUAAUCUAGGUCUUUUUUUUGUUUCUAAAUGAUUAGCUAGGUCAACAUUCUAGUUAAAUAUAACUCUUCAUGCAUCUUAACUAUAAGAAAAACAAUAAGCGGGA